AUGCAGGACUUCCCCUGGAAGAACUACAGCUCUGUGUCUGAGUUCAUUCUUCUGGGUUUCUCCAGGGAUCCCCAAAUUAAUCUAAUCCUCUUCAACAUCUUCUUCUUCCUCUACCUCUCUACACUUGUGGGCAAUGGGCUCAUCGUCACCUUGAUCCACCUGGACUCCCGCCUCCACACUCCCAUGUACUUCUUCCUCAGUGUUCUUUCCAUGCUGGAUAUGAGCUAUGUCACCACCACUGUGCCCCAAAUGUUAAUGCAUCUAGUCUGUCAGGAAAAAACUAUCUCCUAUGUUGGAUGUGUGGCCCAGAUGUAUAUCUUCCUGGUAUUGGGUAUCACUGAAGGCUGGUUGUUCUCUGUCAUGGCCUAUGAUAGGUAUGUGGCUAUCUGCUACCCACUAAGGUACAAGCUUAUUAUGAAUCCAUGGCUGUGUGGGGCAAUGGUUAUCUUUUGUGGACUGUGGGGUGUCAGCUGUUCCCUAGUCUACACGGUCUUCACCAUGCGCCUUCCUUAUUGUGGCCCCAAUGAGAUCAAUCAUUUCUUCUGUGAGGUCCCCGCUGUUCUGAAGUUGGCCUGUGCAGAUACAUCUCUCAAUGACCGAGUAGAUUUCAUCCUGGGCUUUAUCCUUCUCUUGGUGCCUCUUUCCUUCAUUCUGGCCUCAUAUGUCCGCAUCUUUUCAGCCAUUAUGAAAAUCCGCUCAGCCCAAGGUCGACUCAAGGCCUUCUCCACCUGUGCAUCCCACAUCACUGUGGUCACCAUGUUCUGUGGACCUGCCAUGUUUAUGUACAUGAAUCCUGGAGCCAAUGCCUCUCCAGAGAGGGACAAGAAACUGGCUUUGUUCUACAAUGUGAUCUCAGCCUUUCUCAACCCCAUCAUCUACAGCCUCAGAAACAAGGAUGUGAAGAGAGCUUUCCUCAAAGCGACUGGCUGGGGCAGAGCCCCUGAGUGA